AUGUUAGAGGGUCCUGAUUGUUCGCAGCUUGACGAGAAUGUGCUGGAGGCUCUUGUGCAUGCGCUUACAGCUGACCGAAGUCUUUGCGUCGAAGACUGUCUGCCGUACAUUCUCAACGAGAUUGCGCAUGGGGAAUCUGAUGUGGGUGCGCAGCGUCGCAGAGGGACGCGUGGGCGCUGGGAGCACGCAAAGGCCGCCGAGGUGGCAGAGUCGUUGGGGCGGGCCUUGAAUAGUCGCGACGGCGGAAAAGAAUGGUCUGCGGCAGAGGAUGGGUGGAACAUGUUUUUGUGCGGCAUUGGGUCGGGACGGAGUGCCAAUGGUGAGGUGCGCGAGGCACUGAAGGCACUCGUGGGGCCGGCCACGCAGGCAUUGGCCCCCGUGCUGGAAUUUCUUGUCUCCGAGGAAAACGUCCAUGAGGACAGACUCCUGUGUGCACGUGGAUUCUAUGCCCGUGCCGUAUCUUCCUUGCUUCGAGUUCAUCUACCCGGGGCCACAGAGAAGGAGUGCGUCAUGUGGUUGCGACGCUGCGAUUGGAAAAAGGAGCUUGAGGAGCUGCUAAGCCCUUUUCUGCAGUGUGAAGUCGAGCCGCUGGCGAAGGAGUUGGCCUUUCACUUUCAACAAGGAAUGAAGACUGCGCGGCGUGAGGAGCCCCAGCACUUUUUUUUGUUUCUCUUGCAGUUGUAUGAGCGCUACAACGCUGACGUUCGCACACAUGGAUGGACAUCGCCCAAUAUGAAAGCGCAGGAUUCCAUUUCUCUGUUGGCGCUGGGGAGUGUGUCACUGGCGUUCAUUGCGGUUUCUGUCUUCCGCGGUGUCUACGGCUGGUGUGAGGGAUCCCAAUUCCUCGCUUCCAGGGACUUUACAGUGCAUGGUGUGAACUCUUUUAUUGACUUCUUGGACCGGGCGAGGGGGAUCAUUCACGGCGGAGCGCAGCUGCUACUGGCGGAGAGCAUUUUUUUUCACUCCGCCUUUUGUGUUUUUUUAGAGACGGCAAGAGUUGCCGCUGAACGGUCCUUCACCACGGGGGCACGUGCACUGUGGCGACAGGAGUUUCUUGCCAUGGAUCCACCGCGGGCAUUCCAUACCGUUUGCGGCGCAUAUCACAUGUUGCGGUGUCUGGAAGCGGUGGUUCGGCGUUUGGGCGUUGUGUUCUCACUUCUCCCCAUCUACGCAGUGAGCCUCUGGGAACGAACCAUUACGCCGUGUUUGUCGACAUUUGUUUGCGCUUGUGAGGCAGCCAAAGAGUCAUGUGAUUCGAAUUUAGAUGCGGUUAUGGUGUCGCUUGAGGUGCUUAGUUGUGCGCAUGCCAUGCAUUCUGCUGCGGAGGAGUGGAUGGAGCAGUGUUGCGAGGUCUGUGGCGGGGUGGAGAUUUCCACGUCCCCUCUUGAGCGGCUGGCGCUGUGGCGUGAUGAACUCACACGCGGAACGACGCACGAUGUAAAGCAGUUUCUUGCGCGACUCUUUGCGGAGCCUGGCCUUUUGGAGUGGCGGGACCUUCGGGCAUGGGAUGCUCUACUGCGUGUUGUGUGUAGCGGUAAAACCCCGGCACACGCCGUUGUUUAUGAAGACAUGAAGUUAUCUUUGACACGACUUAUAUCGGAGGAGCAGCGAAACAGUUUGAAGGAAUAUUGCAAAGUAACUAGCAUGGGAGCGAUAGCUACCCUUCUGGGAAACACCGUGACGUGA